ACGAGACCUGAAAUACAACAAACAAUCCCAAUAACGACAGCUGCCAUUCAUUAGAAUCACAACACCAGGAAUUCUGCAUUCCAGGAACUGUUUUGAUAGCCAGAGAAACAAAUAAAGUUUGUUUUACCCCACGCCCUUACCCCUCUUAAACCAAGCCCCUUUUUGUUCCAUACCAAGUUGUGACGCAUUCUCCCCUUGGUUAUUGUGGGAGACCCCGCUGUUCUCCAAACAUCUGCUGUCUCCUGCUCCUGUCCUCCGUGGCCCUGGGUGAUCGGACGGGUGGGCGGCCCACUGACGCCCUCUGCGCCCUACGGGUGAGCGGGGCACAGAAAAAUGGCUGCCCUCGCCAGCUCACUGAUCCGGCAGCGCAGGGAAGUCAAGGACCCCCAGGCCAACCGACAGAUCUCCACCAAACGCAAGCCUUGCCCCAAGAGCAACAAGUCGCUCUGCCAGAAACAGAUCCUCAUCCUCAUCUCCAAAGUCCGGCUUUGUGGCAGUCGAGGAAGAAAACUAGAAAAAAGACCCGAGCCUCAGCUGAAAGGUAUCGUCACACGUCUGUAUUGCCGGCAUGGCUUCUACCUGCAAAUGUUACCCGACGGCACCUUGGACGGCACAAAGGACGAAAACAGCUCCUUCUUGCUGUUCAACUUGAUUCCUGUGGGUCUGAGGAUAGUGGCCAUCCAGAGCACUAAGACGGGACUCUACAUAGGCAUGAACAGCGAGGGCUACCUCUACACAUCAGAACAUUUCACGCCGGAAUGCAAGUUUAAGGAGUGUGUGUUUGAGAACUAUUAUGUCACAUACUCCUCGAUCUUGUACCGUCAAACGCAGUCGGGUCGAGCCUGGUACAUUGGCAUUAACCGGGACGGACAGGUCAUGAAAGGAAAUCGGGUCAAAAAGACUAAAGGAGCGGCCCACUUCCUGCCCAAGCUCAUAGAGGUUGCCAUGUACAGGGAACCAUCUCUACAUGAUGUUGCUGAGCAAAGCCCACCUAGGAAAACGGCCAAAACAUCAGACUCCCCCAUCCAUAAAAACAGCAAGAAAGAGCACGUGCUUCCAGCGCCCACAGCCUCCUAGCGGCAGUAGAAGAAACUCUGUGCAGUGGCACAGGAGGUUUGGUACAAACUAUGUUUGUAGUCCCUCCACUGACCCUCAGAGCUUUGACAUGUCCAACAACGAACCAGGGCUCAAGAGACCCUUGCCAACAGAUCUAAUGACCACCGCACUUCCUUUCGGUCUCUCCUGCUCCUUAAUCAAGGGAAUACCGAGCAAUAAUAACCGCAGGUCUGGGGUCACAAUGUGACGGCGUCGCUUUCGUGAAAACUCCUGAAAGAAAGGAUCUUUGUCUUCCUCUGCUUUUUUAGUAUUUCACGAAGAAACAAUUCCUCUUGUGACGCGAGUCGUGCUUGACAUUUAAACCCUCCGUUUCCUUUGUUCUAGCAAUCAUAGUUUCCCUGAAAUCUUUUAAAUUUAUUUUAUUUUUUUACAGAGAUCCCCCGUCGUCUCUAAGCCUUGUUUGUAAUCUCCUGUCCCUUCUCUACCUCUUCUGCGCUUUGAUUAGCUUGAGACACGGAGGCCAUUUUCCACUUCACAACACAGGAAAAGCCCCACACACACUCUCUCGUGGACCAUUUAGGAUACCACACACACACACACACACACACACACCAAAUAACAAAACAAAUAAAACUUCCCCUCUUCUUAGGAUGUUUAGAGUAAUUCGACCUUAGGCAGUGCAAACCUUUCUUUGCUCAUUGGUUCCUGCGCUGAUGAGUCUGUGGAGGCUGGACGUGUGUGUGUGUGUGUGUGUGUGUGUGUGCGGUGAACAGUAAUACAAUAAAAUUUGUAAGGUGACUCAUAACAGAGGCAGUAGGGCGGCAUUAUUGUUUCUUUUUGUUAUGAUAAGUCGUUGUUUUUCUCAAUGCAAUAUGCCCAGAGAGCAAUAUCUGUACAGCUGCACUCUUUCUCCUCUCUUUUUAGCAUGUGUGUUGCUUUAGAGCAGGGUUUCUCAAAGUAGAUAUGCUGACUACUGAGGCCCAAAGUUUCCCAAAGUUCAUGUCCCUACAUUCGGUUUUAUUCUAUUACAUUUGCCUGAGAGCAAAGACUCUUCACCCAGCCAAAUGAAACAACACAAGUGCUGAAAAGGUCCAAUUCUGCUUCAUUUUCUUCUGAUAAAAUUGGGGAAUUGGACCCGGAGGAGCUCAGAGGGAAUCAUUUUGGGAAACCUUUCACAGAGAGUCCAAACAGACCUGUAACUUCUCACCUCCGGAGGUUUUGAGAAAUGAAAAUGUGUUCUGAGUGCUAUGAGGAACCUGAUUGCAUUUCUGCCUUUGCAGUAAUAUUUCUAAUAAUGUUUUCAUGCAUAUCACCUACAUUAUAGAAAUAUGAUUUAAUAAUGCACUACCGAUCAAAAGUUUGGGGUUGGUAAGAUUUUAUUUUAUUUUUAUAUUAAGUCUCUUAUGCUCACCAAUGCAUUUAUUUGAUUAAGUAUACAGUACUGCUUAAUAUUUUGCUGCUUAAUAUCAUGCUACUUUUCAGGAGUCUUUGAUAAAUGGAAAAUUCUAAAAUGGAAAAUUCUUUUUUUUUCACUUUUGAUAAAUUUAAUGCAUCCUUGCUGAAUAAAAUUGUUUAUAUAUAUAUAUAUAUAUAUAUAUAUAUAU